AUGAUAGCAGCAGAGUACCGAUCGCUGUUGUUUGGAAUCUACCCUAUUUUCUUUUUCUUUACGUUGAUUGCUCAAUUAUUUUUACUAUUCUUGAUUGUGAAGCAUUCUCCGAAAAGCAUCCAUAUGCUUCGAAUAAUUCUUGGGUUGACAUGCAUCUUUCAAAUAGUGCUCGCGUUUUCUUCGUUCUUCACACAAAUUCGGUUUAUAACAACCAAAAAGCCAAUUGAGAUGUGGAGUUAUGGGCUUUGCAAACAUUUUGAGCCAUGGAUUUGCUACUGUUUUUAUCAAGCAGAACAGUUGACUGCUCUUGCAAGUGGACUUACAAUUUAUGGGACUUUCUUUCUCAAGUACAGAAUGGUGAAGGGUGUUCAAAUGAGCAAGUUUGAAAUUCUGAAAACAUAUUUCACGUUUUACUGCCCAUUUUGCCUAUCUUUCAUCCUUGUUAUCAUUAUCGUCAAAACGCAAACCUUUUCGUGGGAGGCUCAAGAGCAACUUCGUCUUGUGAACUUAUUUUUGAACAAUGAAGACGAAUACCUCGUUUUUGCAUUUUUGAGUUUUUCCAAGUGGCCAAACACUCUCAAUCUUAUUAUUACAAGUUUUUGUAUUUUUGUUGUUCCUGUGUUGAGUUUUCACUGGAGAAAAAGAACCCUACGUCAAAUCUACCAUCAAAUGGAAAACAUGUCGGCUCCUCGACAACAACUUUACAAAAGUUUUGUUAUGGGUCUCACCAUUCAGUGCGUGCUUCCCUAUGUAUUCUACAUUCCAAUUUACACCCUUUACUACUACUGCUUAUUAACUGGGGAGGAAAUCUUGUUCUUGGAGUUUUUUCUGGUUUUGAUUCCAGCGUUGCCAACAUUGGUGGAUCCGAUUAUUUCAAUUUAUUUCGUAACUCCGUUCAGAAGAAAAUUGAUGAGAUGGGUGAAAAAAGAACGAGAGGAGACAAGAACUACAAAUGCGUUUACGAGAUAAUAAUAAAUUUGAAUCAAUGCAAAAGUUUAAUUCAAUAAAAGAUGAAGAGCGUUA